AUGGAGCAAUCCUUCAAACAUCCCAAACUCAACAAUGCAAAUUCACCAUACACUUCUCAAGUUUCUCACCAUGUUUUCCAUUCAGAUAAACUUCCAUACUUUGAAACUCUUUUGAGUGGAAAACAACAUGUAUUGGUUGAAAAUGAAGUGGAACACAUCAAAGAAAAAGUUGAAAGAGAACAAAAAAAUGGAUUCAUGUUAAAGGCUUUUGAAUCCUUCACUACAGUGAAAGACUCCUUAUCAAGAGUAAUAGAGGGAUUAGAGGGUGAAAAAGAUGAAUCUUUUGUUAGAGAAAUAGUCUGUAUGAAAUCAGAAUCAGUUGACGAUUCAACGUUGUUGUUAGAAGAAGCAAGGUUGAUUUCAAGGCUUGCAGUUGAAGUGGAAACAAAGGUGGAAAACUAUAAGGAGUUGAGGAAAAAGGAAAAGAGAGAGUUGGAGAGUAGUUUGAUUAGUUUAACUGAAGAGAAUAGGGAUAUGAAUAACUUGCUAAGGGUUGCUUUGUUGGAGAAAGAAGCCUUAGAGAAGAGAAUUAAGGGACAUGAUCAUAAAAGAAUGCCACUUUUGCAGUUUGGAUUGCAGAAAGUUGGGUUUGGAUUCAUGAUGGGAGGAAGUAGUAAUCAUGAGCAACCAAUGGAUAGUACUUCUGAGGGUAACAUAUCAGAUAGUAGUGACUCCGAAGUUGAAGUUGUUAAUCUGGUCUCGACGGUGGAAAGGAUAAUGAAGAAUCUACGUCUGGAAAUCGCUCAAUCGAGAAGAUCUUUGGAAGAAUCGAGGUCAGACACGGAGCGACUCCAGUGUCUCGCGGAGAGACAAAAUAAAGAGAUUGCAGAAAAUAAACUCUACAUCAAGGAGUUGGAAGAUAGAGAGAGAAUCUUGGCUCACAAUGUUGAGGAGUUUUUGAUGGAAAUCAAAGAAGCAGAAGAAGAAGUAGCUAGAUGGAAGGAAGCUUGUGAAUUGGAAGUUAAAGCAGGAAAGAAGGAAGUUGAAGAACGCGACAAAAUGGUGGCUGCAUUAAAACAAGAACUACAGAAAACAAAGGCCGCAUUGGACAUAUCGAAUGGAAAACUGAGGCUUAAAGAAGAACUUGCAGUGGCUGCAAUAGCAGCACAGGAAGCAGCAGAGAGGUCUUUGCAGCUAGCUGAUAGUAGAGGAGUUGAGCUUCGUCGGCGGAUUGAGGAACUAACUCGACAAGUAGAGGAAGCAGAGAAGCGCGAACGGAGUAGUCGUAAAGUGAGACGUUUCUGUUGGCCAUGGCAAGUUUUUAGAUUGAGUUCUAGCAAUAUUGCUGACUCUAGAAUUGGAAAUAGUAAAAGGAUGCUACCAGAAAUGCAAUCUUUUCUUCGAUGA